AUGACUAUAGAUAGGACCUAUCCAAUUUUUACAGUACGAUGGCUAGCUGUUCACGGACUAGCGGUACCCACUGUUUCUUUUUUGGGAUCAAUAUCAGCAAUGCAGUUCAUCCAACGAUAA